CCGGGACAAAACGAGCUUUCUCGACAACACGCGCUUUUAUUGCCUGUAUAAAAGAAAAAAAAAAGACAGAAAAAAGGAAUUAAGUGCGCUCGAUUAUCCAACAAUCGCACAAAAAUUUCGAUUUUAUUUCUCGUCAUGUUUUGCGAAACCGCCAAAAUUACAGUGACAAUGUGACGAUGCGAUUGUGCGCGAGAGGUGUAAUUAUCAAAAUUAGAUUUAUCAAAGGGGAAAAAUAUUAUACGAAUCGCGCGAGUGAAAUUUCCUGUCGUUAAAAUUUUUGUGCCACGUGCGAAAGAGGAGAGCGAGAAUUGUGUUGAUCGCGCUGAAUAUGAAAUGCAUAUUUGACGGAGCAAUUCUGGCCGAUCGGGCGUUAAAACGAGUCCGAGGGGAGAUGUCAUGUUGAACUUUGCAAUGAACUGUAACUGGAAUAAAAUCGAGAGGCGUCCGGAAAAUCGACCGACAGCCACGAAAAUGUGAACUCCACGUGCGGAAAAGUAACUUCUAACAAUUCCGCGUGGCAGCGGAAGCUCCCAAGCGAAAAGUUCCAACGACGACCGAAAGAGCCAGCCCGUUCGUUCCCUUCGCAUCCGGUCUGACGGCAGCCGGAAAAAUUAUUUUUACUUCAAUCGCGAGUGCUUCGUCGCAGCCUGCUUGUCGCGCGUUGCCUCCAAACUCGUCGCGAGAUUUUUAAGAGAGGUUUCCGUACUUUUUGACGAUAAUUUCUCUCACAUAUCAUGAGAGCCCGAGUGCCAAGUGGAAUUUUCUCCUUAUUUUUAUGAAUUUUUAACAAGUGUGUCUUGUGAUAAUCUCAAAGAUAUUGAACUCUCGCGAAUAUCGUAGAGUAAAAUCUCUGAUUAAAGUUUGUUCCAAGCGUUAAUUAAUGUUGUUGAGACGAUUUCCGAGGCGUUAAACUGAAUUUGAAGUGCCGCGCUUGGAUCCACGAACGCGAAGCAAAUGUCCAAGAUGCUGCGAAUGGAAUUGCUGGGUCUUCUAUUGUUGGCCUGCACGCAAAUUCUUACGGAGCACCGCGACUUGCACGAGUCGCGGAGUCAAUAUGGUUACCAUCAGCGAUUUCAUGAUCUUCAGGAAAGGAUGACGAGGGAAGUUCGCGUCAAGGAAGGCCGAUUGCGCGGUGUGGUAGUCCAACCGAGAACCAAUCACAAUUUGCAACUGGUCGAUGUCUUUCUCGGAGUUCCUUACGCGGAGCCUCCGGUGAAAUCCUUCAGGUUUUCGCCGCCUCGCUCACCGCAACCAUGGCGAGGGGUGAGGCAGUCGCAGGAAUUCGCCCCAGUUUGCCCGCAAGUCUUGCCAAAUCUUCGGGAAGAGGUGAAACCGGGCAGGUACGAAUACCUGGAGAGGCAUCUGCCGUACUUGAAGAACCAGAGCGAGGACUGUCUGUACCUCAACAUCUACGCUCCUCAUCAGGCCGAGGGUCAAAGAAAUCUGAGGAAAUAUCCGGUCAUGGUGUUCAUUCACGGCGAGAGCUUCGAAUGGAAUAGCGGCAACCCUUACGACGGCACCAUAUUGGCAGCUUACGGCAACGUCGUCUUCGUUACAAUUAACUUCCGACUUGGCAUCUUAGGUUUCCUGAGACCUGGAAUUAGAGACGACACAGCGAGCAAUUUUGGGUUACUGGAUCAAAUAGCGGCGUUACUUUGGCUCAGGGAAAACAUCGCGGAGUUCGGCGGGGAUUUUGACAGAGUCACCUUGAUCGGCCACGGAACCGGAGCUAUAUUUGCUAACUUACUUCUAAUCAGUCCGGUUGCCAACAAGAAAGGUUUGUUCAAACGAGCUAUCCUGAUGUCCGGAUCGGCUAUGAGCGCGGACGCCAUCGGAAAGGCGCCACUGCAAAUCACGAAGCAGGUGGCGCACGCUCUCAACUGUCCCACCACCAGCGACAGCGAGCUGGCGAUUUGCUUGCGUAACCAGGACGUAGACAGGCUGCUGCACGUAAAAAUUCACAAACCGAAAUACGUGCCGGCGUACGCGCCGUUGAUCGAUCGCGCCGUCAUCCCCGACAAACCGGUCAAUUUAAUGGAGAACGUCCAACUCUUCGGCAGCUUCGACUUGUUGUACGGGGUGACCGAGUCCGAGAAAUUUCACAUCCUACCACCAGUUGCUUUGUUGCACGGCAUGCUUGAUGGACAGCGAGAUGAGGUGCUGCGAGAUCAUGCCAAGGCGACGCACGAACUGGAGUCGGAGCUGAUCCUGUCGAAAGUGCUGGAGCAAUACGGCGAAUUUUUCAACGGAUUCACGAAGGAGUACGCCACGAAGAAUCGGGACAUGGUGCUCGAGGCGUUAUCGGAUAGCGGCACCGUGGCGCCGCUAAUAAUGACUGCCAAUUUGCAUUCAAGGGCGAACCCGAAGAGCUACAUGUACGUCUUCUCGCAUCCGAAAGCUAUGCAAGACUACUCUGGCCAACAACAUCAGCAUACCGUGCACGGGGAAGAAUUGCCUUAUGUACUGGGUGUUCCAUUGGACGGCAGCAAGUACGACUUACGAGGUCGAUACGACAUCCGAGAAACGCUGUUUUCAGAAGCCAUUAUGAACUGGUGGUGCAGUUUUGCCUAUAAUGGGAGUCCCAAUGUCGUCAAGCAACAACCCUACCUGACUAAUGGGUUCAGGGAAUGGGGUCAGUACGACAUCGAGUGGCCAGAGUACGAUCCUGUCAAUCAGACAUAUUUCAAUCUGACCAUACCGCCUAACAUAGGUACGCAUUAUCGCGCGGCAGAGAUGCAGUUCUGGAAUGAGGACCUGCCGAAUCUGCUCAGGCACCCGAAUAAAGACAUCUCGGCCCCGACACGAUCGAGAGGACCGCGACCGCAGAUUCUCGACUUCGCCGACGGGAUCGGCAAAUAUGCCAACAGUACCGCAAAUCGAAACAGAUAUACAACCCCAUCGAGCGUAUCUAACGCGAACAAGCCAUUUUCAAUCGCGAUUACGACGGAUGGAAACGCCGGGCAGGGGUCCACGGUGGAGACUGACACGUUUAAAAGCUCGUCGACAUUGAUGAUGGUGAUUGUCUUCUUCGUGGUGUUUAUACUGAUAAACUUUACGGCCUUCCUGUACAUCUACUAUAAAAAGCAGAGCAUGAGGGGGAAGGAGAAAUCGUUGAAGAGGCGAGCCAGCGAGAAGAAAGACGACUCCGUCAAGAGGUCGAAGACUGAUAAGCACGAGAACCAUUACGGCCAGCUGGGCUACAAAAGCGACAGCAAACCUGAUCUGAACGAUGUGAUAAAGAAUGACAAGGCGUACGACAACAAUUCCAACUUCGGGCGCAGAUCGAAACUGUCGAGGCAAAACUCCAGCUCCACCAUUGACACUCACAUCAAGGUCAGGGAGUGGAUUCAACAGGAGAUUGUGCACAGAUGUUCCCCGAGGUUUCUCCGCAAAACACGAGAAACGUUACAGAAGGAGCAUCAGGAGAAGCUAAACAAGCAACAGCAAGAAGAGAAGCAACGUAUAAUAGAGGAGGCGCUGAAGGAGAAGAAAGAUGAUCCGAUUUAUGACGAGAGUCCGGCGCUGGUUGUGCGUCCUGGGAAAAAGUCGAAACUGCCGAAGAUCUCGGUGGCGAUCGACGCCACUCCAGCGACUAGAACAGAGUCCGUCCUGAAUCAAGUGCCGAUCGAGUUAACGAGAAGUAUCGAGGUGUCAAAGGAAUACGAGCCGAGCGCGAGGGAAUACGAUCAGCUGAUGACACCCGAGGUGAUUGUCAUCGAGCAUCAUCAUUCCAGAAGCGAUCCCCUGCCGAUGGAGAACGUCCUGAAGACGACGAUGCCGAAUUUCUCCACUCCCAGGAUCUACGAAUCCGACACGGAAAGCGCGAAUAGCCUGUACGCCAAGAUUAACCCCAAGCUGAAGUCUCGUCUGCCUCGCCCCGGCCCAACAAACGUCGAGACGCCAGUGUCCGAUCAAUUAAAGUACGAGAAUCCUCCCGAGGAGAUCUACCUAAAGACCGGACCGAUCUUGACGACCUUCGGCGCAGGCGACGUGAACGUCACGUGUCGGGAACCGAUCAUGGAGCGAGAAUGCAUCAGUCCCGAGGAAGCUCUGCAGACGAUCAAACGCCGAAACUAUCCCAAGGUGCUGCCGGACAUCGAGAAGAGGCGAUCACUCCCGGCACCGAACAGCCUCUUCGUGCCUAAACAGCACGCGAAUUCGUUGAAGGACUACAAGAAUGGAAAUCGAAUGAACUUAUCUUCGAGUCAACCCCCAUUGCCACCUCCCAGGAUGUUCGGGCCGUCCAAGAGCCUCGAGAAGAGCGCGUUCUUCAUCGAGGAGAACGAGAACCAGAGCGAGAGCGAGCCGAUCACGACGAACCUGCACGUGGGUCCCCUGCUGAGAAGACAGGAUUCCACCAGGAAUAACUCCGACCCCAACAUAAUAGAUUCUCUGGAGGAAAGAAGCGUCCAGCCUGGCGGAAGCGUGGAUACCAUUUACGCCAACCCGAAGUGCCCGCUUCACGGGGGCCAAUAUCGCUUCCCGCCGACCUCGCACAGCGUCGACGAGGAUAUCGGGAAAUCCGCCGCUCUCCUAGAAGCGGGCAAUCCAAAUUGGUACAAACCAAGCGAGUCCCCGAUCGUAAUGACGUCGACAUCCGAACCGCAGAUCGUGGUCGCCAGGUACGAGAGAGACGCAGCGGUGGAACCCAAGAUCGUGAUAACGCCAAGAGUGGUUAAUCCAUGCCAAGCCAAUCAAUACCCACCCACCCCGGCAUCGGAGGACAACAAGAUCGAGCACGAACUUAGCACGAACGUUUCCCACGAUCCAUCGCGAGGAUCCUCGGAGAGGCUGGACGAGAGGAGAGAGCCGCGGAUAAUCAUCACGCCGCGGGAGCCGAAGAACAGCGGUCUGAAGCAGCCCAAGAUCAUCAUAAAGCCGACGGCGAGUCUGCCGAGGGGCCGGGAUCAGAGGAAUAUACCGAAGGUGUCAGCCAUACCAUCCCCGGAACAGCAGAACUGCCAGAACAGCGAGAGAGACAGGGCGCUGGAGCAGAGGGAGAAGCCGUCCCUGAGGGAGAAACCGAAGGUUACGAGGAUACCGUCGUUCUCGCGCAGGCGGGAGGAGGCGGGGGGGAUCGAAAAGCCGCCGUUCCUGGAGACAGCGACCGGUAAAAUCGCGAACGCGACGCCAUCGACGUCCGACGCCAGGUCGUGCAUACCGACGCCUACGCCGACGGCGACGACGCCGAUGAUGCCGAGAAGCGAGAAGACACCCAGCACGGACUCGUCGUCCGCCAGCAACGGGAAUUCCAGCAACUCCAACACGGGGACGAUCAAACGCAAGCCGGCGAGCAAGAAAUAAUUGACCCUCGCCGACGCGGAUUCGGAUAUUCCGAUUCCAAACCGAUGCAAUUACAGCUCCCGACCUUUUUCUGGUCAUAGAGAGAGAGAGAGAGAGAAAAUAUUUGCAACAUGUUAAAUUUUUUACAUAAGUCUUUACUCAUUUGUCGUACCAUAAGCUUAUAAAAAACAAUGGAACAACUAUACUUUCCUUAUACAAGAUUAGCAUUAUUUAUUAAUAACUUCAGAGCGCGAUAGACUUAUAUGUAUUUACUUGAUAUUUAUGUGCAUCUUUUUUUAUUAUCGUUAUUAAUAUUCUAUUAUUUUUCUACGACUAAUUAAAAUACUCAACGGAUACAGAUCUAGUUGUAUAUCAUGUAAAUAUUAAUACCGUUGAUGUUUAAGGCGAUAAUAUCAUUAAGCUUUAAGUCCGCGAAGUGAAUCAUAUUAAAGUUUACAAGACCGCUCCAAUUGCAAAUGAUUACACAGGCCAGCGAGGUUUUUUUUUUUAAGAUGUAAUAGUGAUUUCCGACGUAAUUUUGUGCGCUGAAUCCGAAUCUGGCCGCCGAAUUUGCGUUGCACGUCACGUUUUUGAGUAAUUUGUAAUUGAAUGGCUCAAAAAUCGCUAUUUUGGCCAAUUUCAUGAAUUUAUUGCAAGGAAACCAAAUUUUUUGAAAUAUUUCUGCCAAUGGCAUCGUAUAAUACUCACUUUUGCCUUUUAAAUCCACUUUCGAUUACCGCCGCACGAUUUUUCUUCGCUGAGAUAUGUAUGACGUUGUAAGAAAAUUUACGUUAAAGAAAAUUUAUAUAGACAUCAAUAUGGUAGAUCCAUGAUGUUGAAAGUUGAAAAGACCGACAUAUAUCAGGUUCGGUUGUCCAAAAAAGUAUUGUAAAGAAAUAUCUAAUACAGUUGUUACACAUUUUGAUAAAUUUUUCUAAAUUUUAUGCCUUUUUAUUGUGAUUCUAUUCGCCAUAUUGGAUGCGCCAUUUUUAAUUUCAAAAGGUGACAGAAGAUUUAAAAAUGUAUAUUUUUAUCCUAAUUUUGAUUCGUAGUGAAAUAAAGUGGUGACACGGUUGAUUUAGAAUGGCUCAUUAGAUCCCUAUGAAUGACCAGUCUUAUGACUUGUAUAUCUGAACGAAAAAAAUCGUGCGGCGGUAAUCGAAAGUGGAUUCGAAAGAUGAAGGUGAGUACUAUACGAUGCCAUUGACAGAAAUAUUUCAAAAAAAUUGGUUUACUCACAAUAAAUUCAUGAAAUUGGCCAAAAUAGCGAUUUUUGGGCUAUUCAACUAUAAAUAACUCAAAAACCUGACGUGCUACGCGAAUUCGACGGCCAGAUUUGGAUUCAGCGCACAAAAUUACUUCAAAAAUCAUUAUUGCAUCUUAAAAAGAAAUUUUGACCCCCUUUUUCGCAGGCCUGUGUUAUUUGAGCGAUCAAUUUAAAUGAAGUUUGCGUAUCAUCGGUUAGUCAUAAUCAGCUGAUUGUUAAUAACUUCGAAAGCGCUCGCGCUUUAACUUUAUACGAUGAAAAUAUAUGUUUUUUCGUACUUUUC